AUGUCUUGCCGCUCCUACCGGAUCAGCUCCGGAUGUGGGGUCACCAGGACCUUCAGCUCCUGCUCGGCUGUGGCCCCCAGAACUGGUAGCCGUUGCUGCAUCAGCGCAGCCCCCUACCGAGGGGUGUCCUGCUACCGGGGUCUCACGGGCUUCGGCAGCCGCAGCCUGUCGAACCUGGGCUCCUGUGGGCCCCGCAUCGCUGUGGGCGGCUUCCGCGCCGGCUCCUGCGGCCGCAGCUUCGGAUACCGCUCCGGCGGCGUCUGCGGCCCCAGCGCGCCCUGCAUCACCACCGUGUCGGUCAACGAGAGCCUCCUGGCGCCCCUCAACCUGGAGAUCGACCCCAACGCGCAGUGCGUGAAGCAAGAGGAGAAAGAGCAGAUCAAGAGCCUCAACAACAGGUUCGCUGCCUUCAUCGACAAGGUGCGCUUCCUGGAGCAGCAGAACAAGCUGCUGGAGACCAAGUGGCAGUUCUACCAGAACCAGCACUGCUGUGAGAGCAACCUGGAGCCGCUGUUCAGUGGCUACAUCGAGACGCUGCGGCGGGAGGCCGAGUGUGUGGAGGCCGACAGCGGGAGGCUGGCCUCGGAGCUCAACCACGUGCAGGAGGUGCUGGAGGGCUACAAGAAGAGGUAUGAAGAGGAGGUGGCUCUGAGAGCCACAGCCGAGAACGAGUUUGUGGUUCUGAAGAAGGACGUGGACUGCGCCUACCUGCGGAAAUCAGACCUGGAGGCCAACGUGGAGGCGCUGGUGGAGGAGUCCAGUUUCCUGAAGCGCCUCUAUGAUGAGGAGAUCCGUGUUCUCCAAGCCCACAUCUCGGACACCUCAGUCAUCGUCAAGAUGGACAACAGCCGGGACUUGAACCUGGACAGCAUCGUGGCCGAGAUCAAGGCUCAGUAUGACGACAUCGCCAGCCGCAGCCGGGCUGAGGCUGAGAGUUGGUACCACACCAAGUGUGAGGAGAUAAAGGCCACGGUGGUCCGGCACGGGGAGACCCUGCGCCGCACCAAGGAGGAGAUUAACGAGCUGAACCGCCUGAUCCAGAGGCUGACCGCCGAGAUCGAGAAUGCCAAGUGCCAGAACUCCAAGCUGGAGGCCGCCGUGGCCGAGGCCGAGCAGCAGGGCGAGGCGGCCCUCAACGACGCCCGCUGCAAGCUGGCCGGGCUAGAGGAGGCCCUGCAGAAGGCCAAGCAGGACAUGGCCUGCCUGCUGAGGGAGUACCAGGAGGUGCUGAACUCCAAGCUGGGCCUGGACAUCGAGAUCGCCACCUACAGGCGCCUGCUGGAGGGCGAGGAGCAGAGGCUGUGCGAAGGUGUGGGCUCUGUGAAUGUCUGCGUCAGCAGCUCCCGAGGCGGCGGAAUCUCCUGUGGGGGUCUCACAUAUAGCACCACCCCAGGGCGCCAAAUUGCAUCUGGCCCCUCGGCCAUAGCGGGCAGCAUCACUGUGAUGGCCCCCGAUGCCUGUGCCCCCUGUCAGCCCCGUCCCUCCAGCUUCAGCUGUGGGAGCAACCGGUCGGUCCGCUUCGCAUAG